CAUUCUUUAUCAUAACUCCAGUUCAAAAUGUUUGUUCAGUGGAUUCUUCUUAUCUUCAGCGUGACUCUGACUUCCUGUCAUUCUCUUCCGGAACGAAUUGUGGGAGGUAACUCGAUAUCAAUUCGAUCAGUGCCUUGGCAGGCAUCCUUGCAAAAGUACGGCAAGCAUUGGUGCGGUGCCGUCAUCUACAGUUCAGAUAUCAUCAUAACGGCUGCUCAUUGUGUUAAAGGCGCCUCUGCCGGUGCCUUUUCCGUGAGAGUGGGCUCAUCGUACACCCGAUACGGUGGACAGGUGGUGAAGGUAUCAAAGAUCCUGGGGCACGAGAGUUAUGACAAGAGUUUGGCCAACGAUAUAGCCGUGAUUCGUCUUCAGUCUAAACUCAGCUUGGGCACUGCCGUCAGGUCCAUUCCUUUGGCCGAAAGUUCCCCUGCAACUGGAUCUUCUGCAUCGGUUUCCGGAUGGGGAUCUAUUGCUUUUCAACGGCCAAUCUCCAAAGCCUUACACGGUGUCUCAGUCGAUAUUGUUGAUCGCAAUAAGUGCCAGAGGUCGUAUAGCGGAUUUAUCACCAAGGAAAUGAUCUGUGCCGCCGCUCCGGGAAAAGAUUCCUGCUCUGGGGAUUCUGGCGGUCCUCUUGUCUCUAAUGGUGAACUUGUUGGCAUCGUAUCCUUUGGAAUGAACUGCGCUCAUCCCAAAUAUCCAGGAGUCUAUGCUAAUGUGGCGGAGCUAAAGCCCUGGAUUUUAAAGGCUAUUCAAAGAAUUUAAAGAACAAACAUGAAAGUUUAACUAAAAGUAAAAGUGGACACCUAUAAAAAAGACUCUUAACUUUGAUUGAAAUCAUUCCCCCAAUACACUACAUCAGAUUCUGAUUUUUCAGUUUUAUUAAAA